ACACAUAUGAACCAACCACCUCACCCUUUCCCCACGGUGGACGUUCCCGACCACGCCCACUACACCAUCGGCUCCGUCAUCCUCGCCAUCGGCAUCACCGGCAUGGUCGGCAACUUCCUGGUGAUUUACGCCUUCAGCAGGAGUCGCAGCCUUCGGACACCGGCCAACAUGUUCAUCAUUAACCUGGCAAUCACUGACCUGCUGAUGUGCAUCACCCAGACGCCCAUCUUCUUCACCACCAGCAUGAACAAGAGGUGGAUCUUUGGAGAGAAAGGCUGCGAGCUCUACGCCUUCUGCGGCGCUCUCUUCGGGAUCUGCUCCAUGAUCACACUGACGGUGAUCGCCGUUGACCGGUACUUCGUCAUCACGCGACCUCUGACCUCCAUUGGUGUGUUGUCACGGAAACGAGCCUUCCUCAUCCUCGUGGCAGCCUGGGCCUACUCUCUGGGGUGGAGCCUGCCGCCAUUCUUCGGCUGGAGUGCCUAUGUCCCUGAGGGCCUGCUGACUUCCUGUACGUGGGACUACAUGACUUUUACCCCGUCGGUGCGAGCGUACACCAUGCUGCUCUUCAUCUUCGUCUUCUUCCUGCCACUCUUCAUCAUCAUCUACUGCUACGUCUUCAUCUUCCGCGCCAUCCGCAGCACCAACCAGGCCGUGGGGAAGAUUAACGGCAGCACUCACAGUCACGGCAGCAGUCGUGACUCGGUGAAGAGUUUCCGUCGGCUGCAGAACGAGUGGAAGAUGGCGAAGAUCGCUCUGAUUGUCAUCCUGCUUUACGUCAUCUCCUGGUCGCCGUACUCCACCGUUGCCCUCACCGCCUUCGCUGGGUAUGCAGACAUGUUGACUCCGUACAUGAACUCUGUGCCCGCCGUCAUCGCCAAGGCCUCCGCCAUCCACAACCCCAUCAUCUACGCCAUCACGCACCCGAAGUACAGGAUAGCAUUAGCUAAGUACAUCCCGUGUCUCGGCGUCCUGCUGUGUGUUCGUCCUCGCGACCUGCGCUCGACCAGCAGCAGCUUCAUGUCGACACGCCGCUCCACUGUGACCAGCCAGACCUCCGACAUCAGCAGCCAGUUCAGAGGGCAGAGCACCGGCAAGUCCCGGCUCUCCUCCGCCUCAGACAGCGAAUCGGGUUUGACAGACACCGAGGCCGAUCUGUCCAGUAUGGGCUCCAGACCGGCCAGUCGCCAGGUCUCCUGUGAUCUCAGCAGAGACACCACCGAACUCCCCGACUUCAAACCCUCGUCCAGCUUCAAGUCCAAGAUGAAGAGCCACGACUCGGGCAUCUUCGAAAAGACGUCCUAUGACACUGAUGUCUCCGUGACAGGAGUCACUGAACGCAGCAGCAUCCCAAAUAGUGGAGAUUUCUCAGAUGGACACGUGAUGAGAGGCACGAUUGGUCGAAUCCCGAGCAUCGUCAUCACCUCUGAGUCCAGCCCUUUCCUUCCCAUUGGACGAAAUGGUUCACGCACCACUCGCUCCAAAACAGCCAACAACAACGUGGGUGCCGGGUCUGCGUAGUUUGAGCCCAGCAGCCAAUCACCUGCAGCCAUCUGAUCAGCUCACGUCCACUCAGAUGUUUAGAAAUGUAGAGUUCAAACACACCUGAAGGGUUCACCUGAAGCCCAGGAACAAAGCCAUGAGAGGAAGUCAUGUUCUCUCCAGCUCCAGCUCUUUUCCUUUCAGUUUUAACCAGAACACAGAUGUUAGACUUUUACCAGUGAAACAAUUCAUUCAUUUUCACUUAAAGAGCAACUUAACCCUUUGUUUGAACUUGAACACACUUCCUUCCUGAGUGUCCCCUGCUGCAGACUCCCUCUGUUUCAGUGGACAUUCAGACAGAACUCAGCUCUGUGUUAAAUUCACGGCUGACCUGGUCUGAAACUCAUCAGUCUAAAUGUCCUUUACUGUGCAGUGAAACGCUGCAGUGUUUGGAGGUUUGACUUCGACAUUGGACAAAAGUAAUUGUCUGUGUUCUUCUUCUAGUGUUCGAGGCCCAGAUCCCAGAUCAGAUUAAGGCCAGAGACCAGAAUGAGCUCAUAGACAGCCAUACUAUUAUGUAUUAUACUAAAUGGAAAAAGUGUAGUUUGUGUUAAGUUGCUCUUUAAACAUGCUGUGAAUUAUUGAUUUA